AUGGCAAUCAAAAUGAGUCCGUUUAUUCAGGCUAAUCGGUUCUUACGGAGGUCUUCAACAUCUGGAGGUAUUCGCAAGGGUCAUUGUGCAGUAUAUGUAAGAGAGAGCCAGAAGAAGAGGCUAAUCGGUUCUUACGGAGGUCUUCAACAUCUGGAGGUAUUCCCAAGGGGCAAGGGUCAUUGUGCAGUAUAUGUAGGAGAGAGCCAGAAGAAGAGAUUCGUCAUGCCAGUAUCAUACUUAAGCCAGCCUUUAUUUCAAGACUUGUUAGCUAAAUCUGAAGAAGAGUUCGGCUUUGAUCACCCAAUGGAUGGCCUUACAAUACCUUGCAAACAGGAUGUGUUCGUUGAUCUUACUUCCCGUUUAAGAAGAUCAUCAGUGGCAUCAUAG